AUUGCUUCACGUAACAGGAAGUGCCCAGCAAAACGUGGCCGGUGGCCUGCAUGGUGAACAGCGCCCAGCGGAGAGCUUCCCUGCGUCGCAAAGGAGAGAAAGAGAGAGAGAUCAAUCACCUUCACCACGGACCACGCUCCCAGGAGGCCAGGCCGGGCUCCUUAUCUCCCGGCGAGCGGGCUGUGUGUCGACAUUCCAAAGUCCAGCCGGGCCCUGUUGAUUCUGGGAAGGAGGCCCAGCUCCGGAGGGGACUCGCCGCCGUCGCCAUGCCCUUCGUGGAGCUCGAGACCAGCCUGGCCGCCCAGGCCCUCCCCAAGGACUUCGCCGCCAAGCUCAGCCGCGCCGCGGCCGACAUCUUAGGAAAACCCGAGGAGCGCGUGGUGGUGACGGUGAAGGGCGGCCUCUCGAUGGUGCUGAGCGGACGCGGCGGGGACUCGGCUCCGGGAGCCUUGCUCUCGGUCUCCUCCAUCGCCGUGGUGGGCUCCGCGGAGCAGAACAAGCAGCACAGCGCCCGUUUCUUCGAGUUCCUUCAGCGGGAGCUGGGACUCGCCCCGGAGCGGAUCCUGAUCCGCUUCUAUCCGCUGGAGCCCUGGCAGAUCGGGAAGGACGGGACCGUCAUGACCUUCCUCUGAUUCCGGACCGGUUGUCAAAGGCAUUCCCCAAGAAAUGAAAUAAAAGAAUGACAGAAACGAACCAAAA